AUGGCCUUCCUCGUCAUCCUCGCCAUCUUCCUGCCAUUCCUCCUCCCAAGACGGUGCCUCCAUCCCGUCCUGCCCUACUUCAUCCUCUUCCACUUUGUCCUCCUCCCCGGACUCCUCCGACUAAAACCUUACAACAAAGAUCAAUCAAUCUUCAUCAACAUGGCUGAGUCCGCCGACAAACCCACCCACAACAACCGCGGCUUCUAUCUAGCCAUCGCCUUUGGCAUCAUGGGCCUCUUCCUCAUGAUGGUCAUCCCCUGCGCCAUCGCCAUGGGCAUCGCCCGCUGCCGCGAGAAGCGCCAGGAGCGUCGUGACGCACUCCGCCGCGAGCUCGAGGAGGGCCAAGGCGACGAGGCUACCUGCAUCGACGCCGCUGAUGGCCGCUUCCCCGUCUUUUGCGUCGACGAAGUCGGCGAGUCUUCUGGCUGGCGCCGCGACGAAAACGACCUCGAAACCACCACCAAUCUGUACCAAGACACCACUAUCCUCCAGCAUGCCGACGGCCUCGUCGAGGUUCGCAAGCCCGAGCCUGCCUACGGACCCGGCACCUGUCGCUUCCACGGUGGUCGCUUCCAGGAGCACCUCCCUGAAGCUUUUGAGCAGUUCCCCGAGCAGCCUGAAGUCCAGAUGCUCGAGCAGCCCGAGCUCAACGAGGACUCUGCCGAGGACUCUGCCUCUGCUUCUUCCUACAAGGGCAAGGGAAAGGAGCCUCUCAUUGUCAAGCGCAAGGAGGAGUAA